CAAAAGCAUCAUCCAGUAACAACACAAGCAAAACCGAAGAUGGCGGCCACGAUGUGGGUCCGUUAACCUUGCAAAAUAGUCAAUGCUUUACCCCGAAAUCCUCAAGUUUAGUAUACAGAUGAUUUAGGAAUGAAUCCUUCUGGUCCUGCUGGUGGUUUUCGGCCAGUGAAACCAACUCUAUGUCGAUACUUCAGCGCUAAUGGCUACUGUUUUUAUGGCGACCAGUGCCAGUUUGUGCACGCUAAACAAACGAGUAACGAUCAAGCCAGGCCAGAUAAGGCAUAUAGUAUGUCUAGUAAUAAUGCAUUUCACCGUAGUGCCUCAACUCCCAUCUUCUCAGCUUCAAAUGGCCCUGUGAGCGGCCCAGGAGGUCACAGAGGCUACAAAGGUGCCAUGCCCCAAGGACCAAACGCCGCUCAGGACAACAUGAUCUCAAACUUUGCAGGAUUGUCAUUUUCUGCAAAGUCACAGGCUCAUCAAGGUGUACCUAUGACUGGCGCCUCUACUGGUGCUCACUCAUCUCCACUCUCCCCCACCAAGAAGUCAUUUGGCUCCUCCCUAGCCCCUGGAGGCCCAGUCUCACCUCUUCACUCUCCAAAGCCUCACAUGGCUAACAAGUCUAAAAUGCCAGUAGCACAGCCCCCUCCUGCACAGGCUCAAGCUUUUGAAUUCCUGCCAUCUGCUACAAAUCAGCCUUCACAUCACCAGCAGCACAUUGAAUCAAUUGAUGGGACAACAUACUUUUAUUCUCAGCAAAACCAGAAUCAAGCUGUUAUGCUGCCAUCAUUUCAUGCGUAUGUAGGAGAGCAGUCACAUCUUGCACACUUGCAAAACUACCAGAGCAGAAGCAAUACAUUCUCUAUGUCUUCUUCUUUGAGACAGGAAUUGUUGAAUCAGCACACCCUAAGCAUGGCAUCUCUCAACCCUGAUGACACAAGUGUCCCUCAAGAAGUCGACAGCUACCACACCCUCUGUCCCCUUGAGCCACUAGAUACACCAACAGACCAGGCCCAGAGGACAUUUGGCUACAUAACAACUUGUUACAAGGCCAUCAACUCAAAAGAUGGGUUGCUUUACGUCUUACGCAGAGUACAUGGCUUCCGGCUGGUCAAUGCUAAAUCUAUGGUAAUUGUAGACCAGUGGAAAAAGAUCAGUCACUCUAACUUGGUCAGCCUCCGUGAAGUUUUCACAAGUAAAGCAUUUGGAGAUAACUCUUUGGUGUUUGUGUAUGACUACCAUCCUGGUGCAGAAACGUUGCUUAGCCGGCACUUCUCUGGCCCAGAUUCUACUUUACCAGUCAAUGCCGAUGGUUCCUUAGCCUUCCCAGCACCCAACCGUGCCGGCAUGCCUGGUGCCAAUAGAGGUGGUUCAAGACAUGGUCUUAUGCCAGAGAGAUUAAUAUGGAGCUAUAUAAUCCAGCUUUCAUCAGCUCUUAGAGCAAUACACUCAGCUGGACUGCCUUGCCGAAUGAUUGAUCCGUCCAAGAUUUUGCUUAUUGGAAACUCUAGGUUAAGAAUCAAUGGGUGUGGUAUUUUCGACAUUCUUAGUUUUGAUCCUAGCAACAGUUCUAAUGCAAUGAUUCCUCACUUCCAGCAAGAAGACCUUACCUCCUUAGGCAAGCUGGUCCUUGCCCUCGCUAGCUGCUAUUCACUGCAAUCCAUUCAAAGGGAACACAUCCAACAGUCUCUGGAGUAUGUAGCUAUGAAUUAUUCCAGCGACCUCAAGAACCUAGUCAUAUACUUGCUAAGCAACCAGAUGACAACACACCUCAAGAGUGUCAAUGAUAUUAUGCCUAUGAUCGGUGCACGGUUCUACACUCAACUGGAAGCAGCACAGGUGAAAUGUGACGUCAUGGAGGGAGAACUGGCAAAGGAAAUGGAGAAUGGUAGACUUUUGCGACUCUUGACCAAACUGGGAGUAGUCAAUGAACGUCCUGAGUUGGGAAUGGAUCCCAGCUGGUCUGAGACUGGUGAUAGAUAUCUUCUUAAGCUAUUCAGAGAUCACGUAUUCCAUCAAGUGACUGAUGCCGGCACACCUGUCGUUGAUUUGUCACAUGUCGUGACAUGUUUGAACAAGCUCGACGCAGGUUCCCCUGAGAAGAUCUGCUUGAUGUCUAGAGAUGAACAGUCAGUGCUUGUAGUCUCGUAUCGGGACCUCCACAACUGUCUAGAAUCUGCUUUUAAUGAGGUGUUGUCUAGUUCGUUAUCAUAGUAGUGGCCACUAGUAAGUCACACAGACUAUUUUACUAUCUGUAUAUAAGAUGUAAGAUAGAGUCUUGGGAUGGGAGAGAGAUCUGUUCUAGAAACCACCUUAUGCAAUGUGUACUUGAUGUUGGAACCUAUUGUUGGAAGAACGCUUCUUUGGAUUGCCGUGUUGCUUCUUCGCCCUCCGCUGCAAGGGUAAUUUAGUUUUCCUCAUCUUCAUAAUUGUGUGAGUUUGAUCCAUGACUCGAGCAACAAAAUGUUGGCUUGUUGGCUUGAAUUUGAUUGUGUCUUCUUUUGGUAACAAAAGGAACCAUUCACAAUAAAAUAUUUGACAUAUUAUUUCUAGUAACAGAAGUAAGGGUAACAGCACUUGUUAUAAGUAACAAUCAAUAAGUAAGCAUUUUAGAAAGAUACCUUUUCACAUCAGAGAGCACCACUGACAAAAAUCUAAAGUGUAUAAAACUAAAUUAGCACCCACUGGUGUUAUGCUGCCGUGGUCAUGGAUCUAAAUCACCCUACCCAUACUAAAAUCACAGCACCCACUGUUAAGCUUGAUUAGCUGUAUAGUUUUUAGGCUAAAGUCAUGCAAAUGGAUGCCAGAAUAGCUGCAAGUCCUUUCCUGAUAAGUAAAAUUAAACAUUUAUUACUUUGCCAAGAAAUUAUAUUGGUGUACAUAUAUUUAAAAAAAAUAGACAGUGAGCUAUAAAUGUCAAAUAACUAACUUUUUUCAAUAGAAAUGGCAGCAGCAUUUUUUUCAUUUCAGUUUAGUUCACUAGUUAGAUAUAAUAUAGCAAGUACAGGAAAGUAGAUUGUCUACAUGCUGCAAAAUUUGACUAAUAUAUUUUAGAAAUGUAUGUUAGAUUUGGAGGUUGUAGUAUAGAUGUAUGUGAAAAUAAAUAGCUUUUCUAAUAAGAUUUUUAUUAAAAAUCUAACUUUAUUUUCAAGAAUAGAAUACAAACUCGAUUUUCCACAUUAUAUAAACUGGCAUAUGUAUGUGAUACUGUUAUAAUGUAUCUUGACCACUAAAAAAAUAGAAUAUAGAUAUUAUAAUCUCUUUCACAUUCAUCAAAACUCAUCCAAACAUAACUGCUCACUCUUUUUACAUAUUUAACUCUGAUAUAAUGUCUUAAGGAAAAGAAAGCAAAAAAAUAAUAUAACAUUCAACAAUGACAACCAUAGAUUUCAACUGAACUUUUUUGGCAAAAAUAGGCUUUAUUCUAUUAACCAUAUAUAUGGUGGUAGUGCUCUUUGGGGGGUUCAAUGCAGAAAGUAGCAGCGCCACUGUUUAUUAGACAUCGUUAGUAAUCAAUUUAUUAGUUAUACCAUUUAUAGUUUAUAUUUCAUACAUUGGAACUUGGUGUCAAAGAAUUUGGAUGGGCACAACAGCUGUAGUAUACAAACAGCAGUUGUUUCCAUUAUCCAUUUGGGAACCAAGCUCGUAAAAUCUUCUGUGGGCAGGUUGUUAUCUUUUGUUGAAACUUAGCAAGGAUAACUAUGUAGAAACUAAUAGUGAUACAUGUCUCUACCAUGUUUCCCCCAAGACAAUGUAAGCACUGUAGAUACUGAUUUUACUACAUACUUAGAGGCAUGUACAAUAAUGUUUGCAUGGGCUGGAUAUUUUUCAGUAUUUAUAGCUCAAGCUAGUUAUAAGCAUUUUUAAGGGAGUUAUUUUCAAAUGUAAUAGGUUGAAAAAACAUACAUGAACAAAUACUGAAAGACGUGUGAAAAAUAAUUUGAUCUAUUGGACAAACUCUACUUGACUAAAAUUUAAGAAUAAAUAGAAAAAGAAUUGAUACUGAAAGUUUCUUUUUUAAUCAAGAGAUGCAAGAAAUGUAAUGGAAAAGUAUUAAUAAAGUUCAUGGUUCAAACGUUCAA